AUGGCUCCAAUCAUUUCGGAAACAAUAAUGUGCGAUAUUGCACGUACUCUGUUCACUCGAUGCACGAAUAUAUUUCGGUGAGAACUCGUCAAGGUUAUCCGAAGACCAACAGACCAAAAUGCAAAAGUGCGUUUGGAAAAAUGGAAAUUGUCGCUCCGAUUAUCCUCAAUUAACCCCGCUAAAAUUGACACUGAAAAAGCGGUGAUCCGUGGCCGUCGCUCUCCGAAAAAGCGAUUAUUAAAAGUGUGUGCACUUUAUAACUUUUUCGUCACUUCUUCUUUUUUCGUUCUCCUAGACAAUAUGUAUACAAAGUCGUGAAUCUUAGGACUAGAGAAGUUGGUCUUUUGGUUCCAACCCAGGAAAUAUUUCAACAGAGUGUUCCGGAGCGACGGCCUCUUAUCACUGAUUAAACGAUUUGACUAGGAAUUAUUUUUUUGCCGAUUUAUCAUCCGCCUCGACCACGUGACCAUUUGACUUGUUUGCAAUGAAAAAUUAAGAGUUGAAGUUAAGGAGCUUAUAAAAGUUGUGACCGCUUUUUUGGGAAAUCAGAGUCAGAAUCCGUUUGUUUACUUCCUUUUACAGGAAGAAAGUGUGAUUUAGGACUGAAAAUAGAUUUGGAAACAGUGCGCUACACUUGGAAUGAGCUCAACUACCCGAACUACCGUACUACCGUUUAUUCAAGACGAAAUAUCUUAGUUGCCAGUGGAGAUAUGAAAAUAUUAUCAACUGAUAAAUUAGUUAAAAAGACAUUGUGCACAUUUUUGUAAUUGACAACUCUUUGAUAUCUCUACCGCCAGCCGAGAUACAUCCUCUUGAAUACACGGUACUGGGAUUUCAGUCUACAUUAACAAACUCUUUCUCAUUCCUUCUUUCUUUUUCUUCCCGUUUCCCUUUUCUCUGUGUCUCAGCGCGCACACACACUCUCUCACACACUCUCUAACUUCGCACUGAAGUUUAUUCUUAAACUUUUUGAAUCAAAGAUCCGAUGCCGAACUCCAGACCAAAGUAUCGAGUUGGUCCCCUCCGGAACUGUACAAUCACCUCCAACGUGUCACUUGAGCAUAUCAGUCCUUCUCCGGCCGGUCACCUGCCAUUUCUGACACCCCUUCUUCCAUUCUCUCUUCGAUUAUCACGCGACCGAGCCUCUAAGAGCAUCGUUUGAUCAGUCUUCUGCCUUUCCCACACGUUUCGCUUAUCGCGAAGAUGCAAAUUCUUCGAAAACGCGCUAAAAUGGCGGUCGUAAAUGCGGUGUGCUUGGCGCGAAAUUCCGCGAAUCUUGUAUUGUCCAUAACAUUAUGAGGUUGAUUGUGCACCGCCCCAUUUCCCCCCCCGGGCUUAUCAUCAACCUUGUCAUAAAAGUGUUGGGUUGGUGGGGGGUGUUAUCAGCGCAUCUAACUCUGCGGAGCUCAUUCGUACGGUCACGACGAUCCGAGAAGACGCUCUCGGUCACUUUUAGUUCCUCUAUAAUGUACCUGUCUCAUUCUCUUUUCCCUUCUCUCUUGAGAACGACCUUAGCGAAGGGAAAGAAGAAAAAGGUACCCUGGUCAGAAGUUGAUUUGUCGCCGACAAACGAGAAGAACGCAUUGUCGUGCACUUCUAUCUCAUGCUAACCGCUCUCAUAUAAAUUGUCAUCUUCUUCACUUACUUCUCCUUUUCCAAUCGUUUCUAUAUUGUCUUCUUCGUUUACAGAAGUGCCAAAACUAACUCAAUUAUGGAGAACAACAACUCGCCCACUGAGGCCGCCGAGCACGAUCAGAAAAUUGAGUGAGAACCGCCCAAGUCAGAUCAGAAGAGCCUAACCUUACCGUAACUUUUGCAGCCCGCGCAACUACGACGAUCUUCUGUCAGUGGUGGCGUCGAUCAGAGAGCAGGUGGGCGAAGAGACCGCCAACGCCGAGCUCGGAAUCAUCUGCGGAUCGGGCCUCGGGCCGAUCGGUGACACCGUCGAGAACCCGACGAUCCUGCCCUACUCGAAAAUCCCGGGCUUCCCGGCCACACACGUCGUCGGACACAAGGGCAACAUGGUGUUCGGCACGUUGGGCGGCAAGAAGGUUGUCUGUCUGCAGGGCCGUUUCCAUCCCUACGAGCACAACAUGGAUCUGGCGCUGUGCACGCUUCCGGUGCGCGUCAUGCACCAACUCGGCGUCAAGAUUAUGAUUGUGUCGAACGCGGCGGGCGGCAUCAACACGGUGCUGCGUCACGGCGAUCUGAUGCUCAUCAAGGAUCACAUUUUCCUGCCGGCGCUUGCCGGAUUCUCUCCGCUCGUCGGCUGCAACGACCCGAGGUUCGGCGCGCGGUUCGUGUCGGUUCACGACGCUUAUGAUAAGCAGCUCAGGUACCGAUUGGUGAUAAAGCAAAGUGCGGGUAAAGUGACUUAUUUUCAGACAACUGGCAAUCGACGUCGGACGUAGACGUGACAUGAUUCUGUACGAGGGAGUUUACGUGAUGUCCGGAGGACCGCAGUACGAGUCGCCGGCUGAGGUGAGAUGGUCACUUGCUCGUGAGGUGUUAAGGUUAAGAGCCACAUGACCAAACGUUUGUUGGUUCUAGAAUUAGCAUUAGGCACGACGAACCCCUUUGAACAUUAUCAGGAGCCUAGUACAAACAUUCAGUGAAUACAAGAAUGUUUACAGGUGUCUCUGUUCAAGACGGUCGGAGCGGACGCGCUCGGAAUGUCGACGUGUCACGAGGUGACGGUCGCCCGUCAGUGCGGCAUCAAAGUGCUCGGAUUCUCGCUGAUCACCAACAUCGCCAACCUGGACGCCGACCAAUCGGUGGAGGUGUCGCACGAGGAAGUGCUCGACAUCGCCAAGCAGGCCGGAGAACGUGCCUCGCUCUUUGUCGCCGACAUCAUCAAAGAAUUGACCAUCUGA